AUGGGUUUGAAGAUGGCUGAAUACGAACCUCUUCCAGUCCUAGACUACUGCUCUUCGGUAUCCGAAACCUCCUCGACAACUCUCUCCUCCUCCCACACCUCACAAGACUCCCUCGAACCCACCUUCCUACCCUACUGGGCCCGAUACGAGACAAAGUGCGCCCAGAACCUAUUGGACUGCUCCGACGAGCCGAUCGAGUACGACCACGACGACGAGGACUAUCGCGACAACUGCUUCUUCUUCCCAGAAGACUGCUCGUGGACACCACCGAAAGCCUGGGAGGAAUAUCCUAUCCCAGAACGCCCCGAAACUCAGACUCAGGUGGACUGUACACCCUUGGCACAAACAACCGACACCAUGAUCCCCGGCCUUCCAGAUAUCAAGAUGCUAGACGCCGAGGCGCUCAGCGACCUCCUAGAAGACAAUCUCUCUCCACCAGAGAUAACAACCAUAAUCGUCUUCGCAACCAACGGCGCCGUCUUCGCCCACGGCUCCACCCUCUCCUCCCGCCAACUCCGCAACCUCAGCGCCACAUACGGCGCCGCAUACACCUGCUACGCGAAAAACGCCUCUAGCGGCAAUCUCACCGGCGUCAACCCUGCCAGCCACCCCUCAUCCUACGUAACCGCCAAGUCCAUGUCACUGGGCGACGUAGGCUCCAUCGUCUUCGAGCUAAACGACUCCGUAGCCGUCGUAACCCGCAUCGCAGACAAAGUGCUCGUCGCAGCAGUCGGCCCCUCCAAACUCGACGACCCAGAGACUCCAAACGACUACCUGACCGCCGGCACAGAAGGCGGUGCCCCAGUCACACCAGAAGGAUCACAAGGGGAAGGACAGCGAGCGUCGGCGCCUGCAGCGCCCUCGCCGCACUCGACUCCGAACGGCCAUGAUGGAAAUGAGAUCGAUCGCAGCGCGGACUUAGCGCGUCUCGCGAGUCUGAAUCUCUCUGCUUCACCGGCUGUGCUCCUAGCGCUGGAAUCGAAAUGCGCGGCGCUGGGUCGGUUCCUGGGUCAGAAGUUGGAUGAUCUGGAGAGUCCGGAGGAUUUCUGA